AUGCAUCAAGAUUCCACGCCCUCCUCGUCUCGAACGACGAGCAGUAAUGGGAGCAACAGUACACGUCCACCCUUUUACCAUUCCAAUUCCUGCCCCAAUAUACCCGAGCUAAAGUUUACUGCUGACGGUGACGAUGAUAACGUGAACGAGAAACGACCCUCCAUAUCGCAUCAUUCAGACUCGGAACAUGAAAAGGCCGAAGAUAACCACUCAUCAGUGAGCAAUACGGAUACCUUACUAGAAGCGGCCCUGGAACGAGAAGAGGCACAGGAUCGACAUACACGAUAUCAAGAACAUGUUGCCAGGUCGGCAGCACUUGUUGAUCGCAUGCUUAAUGAUACGCGUGGCAAUGAUGCAGCAACCAACUUGCAACGCUUUCGGUCAUCGAAUAGUAUUGUGGAUGAAGACCCUGGUGGUGAAGAAUCCAUUUCUGCAGGAUUACCUUAUUCCAUGAAUGGUGCAGCUAUGGGUGCUGGUGGCAGUGUCUUAUCAUCCUUGAUGAAGUUGGAAGCACAACGUCGCCAAAAGGAACAGCAAGAAAGAGAACGCAAAAAAACAAAAAAGAAGCAAGGUCGUAAGAAAAAGAAACGACCUGAAUCGUUCCAUCAAGAAGCCGAGACAACCGGUUAUAACCAACGACCCAAACUUGCUCAUCGACCUGCAAGUUGGCUCUCGAAUGUGACAGCUUCCAAACAUCUGGUCCCCAGCCUCGAAAAAAAGAAACUCAUGUCGCCUUCAGUGUCACGCCGUUCAUCCGUCGAUAGCCUUUUUACCACAGCAUCCCAAUUUGAGCCCAUCACACUCGAGGAUCGUAUUCGUAUCACGUUUGAGAUUGCCAACAUCUUGCAAAAACAGGAAUUCCUACGUAAAUUGAUCAAGUCACUCAUGUUGUAUGGUUGCCCAGCACAUCGAUUGGAAUACAUCAUGCGACGUGUAUCAGAAACCAUUGGUGUCGACGCCGAAUACGUAUACAUGCCCAAUGUCAUGUUCAUGUCUGUUUUGGAUCAUGGUACACAUACCACCGAAACCCACUUUAUUCGACAGACACAAACAUUUGAAAUGCACAAAUUGGGUGAGAUUUAUCGAUUACAAAAGCUAGUGUGUCAUGGUGAAGUCUCUGUGGAUGAAGCACUUGAAAUGCUGGAUCGUGUGGCGAGUGAACCUUCUCCCUUUCCACGUUGGCUCAAUCCAUUUGUAUACGCUCUUGCAUCCUUUUGUGGUUGCUUGCUCUUUUUUGGUGGUGCUUGGAUCGACGCGCUGGUGGCAGCUGCAUUAGCAAUGGUCUUUGCUGUUUAUGAGCUCUUUUCCGUUCGCAUCGAAGGCAUUCAACCCAUUUGGGAGAUCACCGUCUGUAUACUCAUUGGCUUUGUUGCUCGAGCCAUUACAAAGUAUGAAUUCUGCUUUACACCCAUCGCCUUUUCGUCGUUCAUUGUCAUUCUCCCUGGUUACCCCAUGGCUUUAGCUAUUGUCGAGCUUGUAUCCAAGCAACUUGUCAGCGGUGUGGUGCGUAUGGUGUAUGCAAUGGUGUACUCCUUUUUACUCGGCUACGGCAUUCAAAUGGGAUCAUCCAUUUAUAUCUUGAUUGAUCCAAGUACGAGCACGACGACUUCCAGCUGCAUGGCUGCAACCAACAUUGGAACAUGUGAUCAGCAACGUAUCGACCAAAAGUUCUUUAUUUUACUGGUACCCCUCUUUGCAGUCGCCUAUUGUGUCUUUGUACGUGCACGUGUGUUCCGUUGGCCCGUCAUGAUUAUCGUUUCCGCCAUUGGCUAUGUCGUCAACUUUUGCUUGUCAUGCUACGCCCAAGCACCUUCACAAGUGCUCCAAGUGGUGCCAGCCUUUACCAUUGGAUUGUUGAGUAAUUUGUUGACCAAGGUUACGGGCAAAAUGUCGUUCGAUACGGUGUUGCUUGGCGUGUUUUAUCUCGUGCCGGGAGGUUUGAGUAUCAAGGCAGGAUAUGGUAUCUUUGAUAGCGGCCAGAAUGAUGCUGUAUCGGAUAAUCUCGGUAACCAAGGAGCCAACUUUGCUCUUAGCAUGAUUGAAACGUCCAUCGGUAUCACAAUUGGUCUCUUUGUGGCAACGCUCUUGGUCUAUCCCAAAGGAAGCUCACAUACACCGCUUAUGAACUUUUAA